AACUAGAUUCUAACGUAAAACGAAUCUACUUCUAUGAUUUUUAUAUAUUUUAUAUAGUUUAUUUAUCCAAGUAAUACAAACUUUUAUAGUUUGAUUUUAAUUGCUGAUUGAUCAUUAUCUACUGUGAACAAAAUUUAAAAUUUUGUAUAAAAUGUUAUACGUGAUUGGAUUAGGCCUUGGCGAUGCAACAGAUGUUACUGUAAAAGGUCUUGAAAUUAUUCGAAUGAGCGAUCGUGUCUACUUAGAAUCGUACACAUCAAUUUUGUCUAUCGAUUUGAAGGAUUUGGAACGAUUUUACGGAUGUUCGAUACUCGAGGCGGAUAGAGAAUUAGUGGAAAAUAAUGCUGACGAAAUAUUGCCAAAAGACGAGAAAGAAAAUGUUGCUUUUCUAGUAGUGGGUGAUCCAUUUGGUGCUACCACACAUUCGGAUUUAAUUUUAAGAGCUCGCGCAAAAAAUAUAAAGGUAAAGGUUAUUCACAAUUGUUCCAUAUUAACUGCAAUCGGAUGUUCCGGUUUACAAUUGUAUCGUUUCGGAGAAACUGUUUCUAUUCCUUAUUGGAGCAUGGAUUGGCAACCGAAUAGUUUCUACGAUAAAAUAAUUUCCAAUAGAAGAAGAGAUCUUCAUACGUUAUGUUUAUUGGAUAUUAAAAUAAAGGAACCUACUAUAGAGAGUAUUAGCAAAAAGAAAAGAGAAUAUAUGCCAACGCGAUUUAUGAGCGUGUCGGAAGCUGUUGCUCAAUUGUUAAAAAUUAUAGAGGAAAAAAUGGAAGAAAAUAAGGAGGAAAUGGUUUUAUUAAAUAAAUCCAGCCUUGCGAUUGGUUUAGCUCGUAUAGGUUGGGACAAUCAACGUAUCGUUGCUUGUUCCCUUGAAAGAAUGGCUUCUACCGAUUUGGGCCCUCCUCUUCAUUCUUUGAUCAUUCCUGCAACGAAUUUGCAUCCUCUCGAAUCAGAAUUUAUGUCUCUAUAUAUGUACGAAUAAGAGUUUUCAAAUAUUGCAUUAAAAUGGAUAAAAACAUUUCCUCGUCAAAAAAUUGAAGAGUUAAUUAUUUAUUACUCUGUAUAAUAAUUAAAAUUAAUAUUGGAAUAUGAGUUGCUAAUAAAAAAAAAGUUGAUAA